UGGAAUCUAGAAGAGACUUCUGACACUCCACUGUGCUGUGGUCUGGAUACAUCUUUGACAGAUCCAGAUUGCCCGGCGUGUGGAUCUUCUUUGAGUGAGCGAAAUCGUACUGAAAGUGUGACACCUGUGAGGAUGAGGGCCACCCUACUGCUCUGUCUCUUAGGGGUCUUGGAGGCUCAAGCCUUCAGGUUUGUCCGUGAUUCCCAGAGUGUGCCAGAAGCUUCAGAACACUCUACAAACAUGUCUGUCCCAUUUCCACCCUCCCAGCCAGGCCUCCCUCGGAACCCUUACCCCCCCAUGUGUGUAAAGCCGAUAGAGAUCAAAAACGCCUUCAAAUAUGUGAACACUAUCAUAUCCUGCCUGAUCUUUGUGUUAGGGAUCAUUGGAAACUCAACGCUGCUCAGGAUUAUAUACAGAAACAAGUGUAUGAGAAAUGGGCCCAAUGUGUUGAUUGGCAGCCUGGCACUGGGAGACCUGCUUUAUAUUAUAAUUGCUAUCCCCAUCAAUGUAUAUAAGCUAAUUGCUGAGGACUGGCCGUUUGGUGUCUAUGUGUGUAAGCUGAUGCCAUUCAUUCAGAAAGCCUCUGUGGGAAUAACGGUUCUCAGCCUAUGUGCCCUCAGCAUUGACCGCUACCAUGCAGUGACAUCGUGGAGCCGGGUGAAGGGAAUGGGGAUCCCUCUGUGGAAAGCAGUGGAGGUGACUCUGAUCUGGCUGGUUGCUGUAGUUCUGGCGGUCCCUGAGGUGUUGGCGUUUGACAUGAUGGAGAUGUCCUACAGAGGCAACAAGCUGCGUGUAUGCCUGCUGCAUCCAGAACAAACCACCAGUUUUAUGAAGUUCUACCAGAAGGUCAAAGACUGGUGGCUGUUUGGCUUCUAUUUCUGUCUCCCUCUCGCGUGUACGGGGAUUUUCUACACACUCAUGUCUUGUGAGAUGCUCAGUCGAAAAAAGGGCAUGCGCAUUGCACUCAACGACCACAUGAAACAGCGGAGAGAAGUGGCCAAGACGGUGUUCUGCCUAGUGUUGAUCUUUGCAUUCUGCUGGCUGCCCCUUCAUCUCAGCCGUAUUCUGAAGAACACGGUCUACGACCAAAACGACCCCAACCGCUGCGAACUUCUCAGUUUCCUCUUAGUGAUGGAUUACAUCGGAAUCAACAUGGCCUCUUUAAACUCGUGCAUUAACCCAAUCGCCCUCUACUUUGUCAGCCAGAAGUUUAAGAAUUGUUUCCAGUCUUGCCUGUGCUGUUGGUGCUACAGAACAUCUCCUCUGGAUAAGCGGGGCUUUAGUGGACACUGGAAGGGCUCAUGCCACGGAAAUGGACUUGACCGCUCCAGCUCCCGCUCCAGUCAGAAAUAUACAAGCUCUUCAUAAACACACACUCCUCACUUUCCUCCGCUAUCAAACCACAAUCCCAUCAGUUCAUGGAGAAACAGUGCCAUCACUGCCGACAAACUGAAGCUCAGACCUGAGUCAUGAGUGGAAAAUGAAGUCCUUCCUUCAGAGGUCGCUUUAGACUGAAACACUCAAUGAUUAACCCCAACAGGUGAAAAGGACUGUACCUGUUCAGGCUGUAACAAUACAACAUGCACAAGCUAUGGUUAAAACAACGCUGCAGAAACAUGUUCAUGCCCUGACACUGAGACGGACCCGGAGACCUAAAGCCUCGGGAUGGACCAGAAACAUGAAAGUUCAUUCAAGCCACUUGUAAACUAA